AUGGCUUGUAGGAGGCUUGAAGGUGGUGGUAUGGUGGAGGUUGUUGGCUGCCAAGAUGAAGAAGGAAGGGAGAGGAGGUUGUGUGUUGUUGAUGUGAAUGAUAAAAUGGAUGGAGAUCUAGUGGAGGGAGAUGAUAAGCUUGAUUUCUCGUCUUCUCGAGUUUGGGAUUCGAUUAGACAUCGCGAAGAUCCAGUUAAUUGGUGUGGUAUUGUGUGGUUUAGUCAAUGCAUCCCGCGUCAUGCUUUCUUAAUGUGGCUGAUCAUGAAGCGGAAACUGCUUACGCAAGAUAAAAUAUUGAGCUGGGAUAUUUCUCGAAGAAAAAACAUGAACAUGUUGUGUUGUUUACUUUGUUACGCGAACCAUGAUUCUCAUCAUCACUUGUUUUUUGAAUGCAAGUUUUCGGCCCAAGUGUGGAGUUUGGUUAGAGCUAAAGGUGGCAUGGAUCUAGUUCAGCCGAAGUGGGAGGAAAUUGUCAAUUGGUUGCGUGAUCGUGUCAAGUCAAAAGCUGUUAAUGACUAUGUUGCGAGACUAUUAGUAGCAGCGACUACUUAUUUCAUUUGGCAGGAGCGUAAUGCUAGGCUUUUUAAGAAUCAAUUGCGGCCCCCGGAAGCGAUAAGUGAACUCAUUACUCAACAAGUGAGAUAUAAACUCAUGGGAGCCAAGCUGAAAGAUUGUGCCAAUGUUCGAAGGUUGCUAGGGGACUGGGAGAUAAAGAGUGCCGAAAUAAAGGAAGAUGGCAGCUGA